GUGAGUACCUACAAACACACUUUCACAUCAUACAUCAAUGCUUAAUGAUCACAUGUUUAUCAGAAAUAUCAGUAGGGAUCACACUGUUAUCCAGUGUAUCAGCUGUGUGUUCAGCUUUACAGUGUGUGUGUGUGUAUGUGUGUGUGUGUGUGCGCGUGUCUGCGUGGUUACAUGGGUUUUGGAGAGAGAGAUGAAGAGCUGGGCGAGUCAGCAGACAUACACAGCCUCCUGAGACAGGAAGUAGAUCUGCACGUUACUGAGGGGAGAGUCGGUGUCCAGAAGAAUCAGGAGCGGGUGACUCACAUCAGACAGCUGAGAGAACAUCUUCAUAAGGAAUCUGACCAAUCAGGAUGCAGCACUAGCACUGUGGAGCAUGAGAAACUCCUGGAGCGCAGAAUGAGACAGAGAGAGACUCAUGAGAGAGUGAUAGAUGAGGAACUGAUGAAGAUGGAGCGAGAACUGGAGGAAAAGCAGGUGGAAGGUGUGGAUGGUGAGAUGUUUUAUCUGCGCAGAGAGAGAUGCAUUCUGGUUCUUCAGGUGGAGGCGUUGCGCAGAGAGAACCAACAGGCACACCAAGACCUGGAGACUCAGUACAUACAACACCAACAACAACUGAACACGGUCCGAGAAGAGAGCUUAAGGGUGUUCAGGACAUUUCGUGAGGUCCUAGAGGAACAGAAGAGGUCGUCUGAGGGCAGGUACAGAACUCUGCUCAUAGAUGCUAUUCAGGAUGCAGUUCACCUGUCCAAUAAAAACCUGCAGCUGCAAGAAGAACUUCAGCAGCUGAGAAACCCUUAAAGCAGCAAAGUAGUUCAUCCAGCGGGACACAGUCACUAUCAGCCUCAAUGACACCAACACCUCAUCUGUGAAAUAAAAGACUUCAAGACAUUUGAAAAGAUGAUUAAUAUUUAUUUGCUU